AGGAAGUCGGGUUAUGCCAUGGUCAAAGAUGGCGGCGAGGACCGCGUCGGCGUGCUGGAAGGAACUCAAAAUGGCCUUUUAGACAUUCCAUACCCUCGUAGUACCCGUAGUACCCUCGUAGACAUUCCAUACCCUCGUUAAGCGCGAGACCGGGCCCUGUCAGGAGAGGUUACCGAGAGACAGAAGGAAGCUCCGCAUCCAGGUAGGUUGGCCGGCGAAGGCUUCUCUCGGAGCUCACGGCGCUUGUAUCAGGGAGCCAAUAGAUUCCCGUGGGAGACAACACGUGGUAGCCAACCGAUAUCUAUAGAGAUAGGAAAAGGUUAGAUUGGCACCUCACUUUUCUGAAGUUAAGGAAGAGAAUUCUGGCAGUCUCUUUGUUGCAGGAAAAACAGCGAAGGCACCUGUGACGCUUAAUAUGUUCAUUACGGCAUAAGCUUUCGUGGGCUACGGAAUCAGAUGCAGUUGGAGUUUAGAGUUUCCUGGCUCCUUUUGAGGAGUCACGCAGGUUGGACUAGAUUGCGCUUGGGUCCUUUUGGAGUUCUGCGGAUGAGGGCUGACCAUAGUAAGCAGUGGAGGAACUGGGAAUUUGAGUGUAGCUAUGAUUAGGAAGCAGCACUUUCGUCCUGGAACAAAAAGUAAUAGAAAGCAGUUCGUAGCUUUAGUAACUCUGAGCACUUCCAGGCCACUUGUUUUUUUCCUCUUCAUUAAAAAAAAAUAUUUAUUUGGAAAGGCCACUUGUUUGUUGAACAUUCAUCCUGAUUUGUUAGAAAGAGAUGCUAGGGGGCAUCACGUCAAAACAAGCAUUAACUGUAUUUCCCAGUGCAUUUUCUUGUCACUUUCCUCAUUGCAGAAAGCCCAAACUUCAGGUGGGACAUUGGUUUGUUGAGCAAGAGUUCCAAAGCAGUUUUAACUGUCCACCCUGAAUUUGCCAGUAUAUGAUUGUAUCCCAACUGAAAAGUAGUGACAGUCUGGAAGCCUGCUGAUUAUAUUUUGCCACAGGUGCACUAAAAUAUUGGAUUUCUCACUUCUGAUGAAUAGGAAGGGAAAGGAAGAAAAAAGUGGGGAGCGUUUAGCGUCAACCUAUAAUUUGGGCUUUUUGUCUAAUUGUUAAAAGUUUAUGCCACUGUUACUUUUGCAGACCAGGACUUCCGUGUUAGGGAAACGUAAGUUAUCUGAUGCCAUCUAGUGGUUUUUAUGGAGUAUAGAAAACUCAAGAGAUCACUGCAUUGGCCCAUUAGAAAGAAAUGACACGAAAGUUGCAAUCCACUCCAGGCUGCCUUUCUCAACCUGUGGGUCGCCAGAUGUUGUUGAACUACAACUCCCAUCAUUCCUAGCUAGCAAGGCCAGAGCUCAGGGAUAAUGGGAGUUGUAGUCCAACAACAUCUAGGGACUCACAGGUUGAGAACCACUGCUCCAGGGGAUGCUGUAGAAUGGGGUGCUGGUGCCUCCUCCGCAGGGGCUGUGGGGCGACAGAACACUCCAGGGACUAGGUUAAGUGCCCUUACCAGGAGUUGGCUGACUACGUUGCCAUGGUGUGAGUCUGUGUAUGUUUAUUCCAAACCAAGGCCCAUUGAGUUCAAUGGAACUCACUCCCAUCUAAGUGUGUGUUACAUUACAGGCUAAUAACUUAAUUAAUAUGUGGGGUUAACAAAUUAAUUAACAAAUUAAUUAAAAAUGAGUCCCCUGCUCUUCUACAGUGCAGUGUAAUAUUUAUUUGUGACGCUUUCAUGCUGGCCCAUGCUGUAAUGUUCUCUCAGCUGCUUACAGUAAAUAAGUAUGAAAGUAACUUUAAUACAGCCGAAAACAUAAAAUGAAAAGCAACAUGAAUGCAAGAAUAAAGCGCAACUCCAAGGUUAAAACCAAUUUGAAACACUGAGAGGACCAUGACUAUGUUGAGUUGUUGUCAUGCCCCACUUCUGAAAAAUGGGUGACAUAGGAGCCAACUCCUAGGGGCUAUGGGGGCUUUGGCUCCACAAUAAAACAUUUGAGGGGGCUGGCCCCCCACAAAGUUGAUGGGCAUUCCCAUUCACAUGGUGUGUGUGCACUGUGCCAUGUGAUUGAUUAUGUGGGACGGAGCUUACAAGGGCUCCCACAAUAUUUUAUUCAAGUUGGCCCCCCGAUGGGUGAUAUAUCAUCCUUUCCAAUUCUGAUUCUGCACAAGGCAAGGAAUAAAAAUGGUGUGGGGAGCAAUGCUGAAGGCUUUUCCAGCCCUGCAGUGCCCUGCUUUGUCUGUCUGUCCGUCUGUCUGCCUCUCCCUCCACCUUCUUCUAAGAUGCACACUUUAACCUUCACAUCACUGUAGCUACGGCAAUGUUGACUGAAAUUUCAGCAAGGUGCUCUAUUCCCUACUUGUAUCAGGCACCCUGCUUCCAUUUCAUGUCUGUAAAGGGGCAAUAUUUAAUUGGAAAUAGUAAUAAAAAACUAAAUUUAUGCUUCCUUGUACAGCUGUUUUUAAAGACAUUGAAAGUGUCUCUUUCCCUCUGCUUCAUUUCUUAUUUUGAUUUGCCUGACCUGCAAGCAUAAAUAUUUCCCCAUCUUCCUUUUACAGAAAUGGAUACUGUUGUUGAAGAACUGAGAAGAAAAAGAGGGCAGGUAAAUUUGGAAGGAGAAACACAGGAUGCGCAUGCAGCCACAACAACGACAGCUCCCAUCCCAGGAAUUUAUUUACCUUUACUCCCAAGAUAUUUUCACUACACAAGUAAGUUCUUGAUUGCUAGUUGGUAAGAUUCCUUAUUGCUUUGCAUGGUAUGAUAGGACUAUCAACACUGGAAGCAAGAAGCAAAAAUGGUGGGAAACCUUUUCCUCAUUUAUGCCCUCAUCAGCCUACAGUAGGUGGCAGCAGCACAUUUUUUUUGCAUGAAGUUAUGUUUGCAUGAAGCUAUGAAGGAAGUUAGACAGUUUAGUAGUAUGGUAUUGGAUUUUAUGUUCCAAAGAUGAAAUACAGGAUUGAUUCCUGUAUUUACUUGCCAGAUGCAACCAAGAAUGUAUGGGCUUUUGUGUUUUCCUCUGAAUUGCAAUUUAAGUCUAUAACCGCAUUAGAAACACAUCAGAAUUAUUCUCAUGUCUGUUACCAAAAUUAUUCUUGUGUUACAGCAUCUAGGGUCGGAAUGCACUCGGAAUUUCAGAAGGCAAAAGAAGGUUGUUUAAACUGCAUCCAGGAUUCCCUUUUGCAAGGCCAGUUGCAGAGGGCUGCAGAAUUAAUCAUAAGCUACAUAGAAAUGUUGGAGCAUUACAGUAAAGACAAACUGCGGGCUGCUCCUGAAGUAAGUAGACGAGCUAAUCCCCUGAUUCUGCGCAGGAAAGGUGGAAAAGGAUCUCUGUGAUUCCUGUGUCCUAUGCUUCCAUCAUGUAAUAUGUUUAGGAAAAGGGUAGAGCAAUUUUUGGACCAAGGGUGGGCCGCCUUUCUUCUAUUGAUGGCUCUAUUCUCUUGGAUAUAGCCUGUUGUUGAAGUACAUACUAGUGGUGGAAAGGACAAAACCUAAAGUGGUUUCUCCUUUCUGCCAUCUCAUAGAAUUAUUAAAAUUAAAAUUAUUAAAUUUAUAUACUGCCUUAUAUCCAUAGAUCUGAGGGCGGUUCCCAACAUUAAACUGCAAUUAUAGAAUUGUAGAGUUAGAACAGACCACGAGGGUCAUUUAUUGUUUGUUUGUUUGUUUGUUUGUUUUGUAUACUGCCCUUCUUCCGAAGAUCCCAGGGCAGUUCCCAACAGGAAAAUAAUAAUAAUAAAAACAAAAACAAGCUGAAAAAGCCCCUCCCACAAACACAUUUUAAAAGCCAUCAGCCAAACACCUGACUGAAGAUGAAUGUUGAUUGAGUUUCAGCCUGUUGGCUCUCAUCUAAUCCAUUAAUGAGGCAAGACAACGGUCCAGAACUUUCUUUGCCUCACCUGCAGAUGUAAAAGAGAAGUAGGGCUGUUUGUCAUCAGCAUAUUGCCGACCACGUGCUCCAAAACACUGGAUGACCCCACUCAGUAGUUUCAUGUAGAUGUUAAACAGCAUAAGGGAUAACAUUGAACCCUCAGGAAUCCCACAUUGAAGGUUCUGUGGGGCCAAAGAACACUGCCUCUGGGAACGACCAGCCAAGUAGGUUGCUCCAGAAGGAUACCAUGGUCGAUGGUUAUCGAAAGUUAUUGAGAGUUGGGGUUCAGCCCCCUGCAAUGUAGGAAUCUUUCGCCCAACAUGGGGCUCAAACCCACAACCAUGAGGUAAAGAGUCUCAUGCUCUACCAACUGAGCUUAUCAGACUGAGCUAUGCUCCUCCUGUCCGUCUUUCCCUCUCCAGCCAGUGGGCUGCUGGGAUAGGGAUAGAUUGCGCUUGCCAGAGAUAUAACCUGAUUGCUUGCAGAAGGCUUUUGAAACAGUGUUGAGGGCCACAUGAAAUUAGACCAAGGCCACAGGUUGCCUAUCCCCAAUUUAGGCUGUUUUGUUGUGCAUUUAAUUCUGUGUCACGAUGGCUGCAAAUUUUUGCAUUAUGGAAUUAGAAGUGCUCUUUGUGCCUGUUGUAAGUGACCAUAUACUUCAAAGCUAUGCUUAUGUUCACUUCUUGUAGCUGUUGUUUGCUUCUGUGUUCUGAAUGUGUGUUCUCCAUGCUAGGAGAUCUGGAGAAUAGGAACUGAGAUCUUGCAGCGGCAUCCACGGAGCAAUAUUCACGAGACCAACCACUUUGCAGAUCAGAUGAAAAAUUUAGGAGUAAAAGGAUAUUUAAAGGUGAGGAGAGUUCCAAAGGAUCCUUAAGAUCAUAAUACUUAUUUUUCAUAUAAAACAUUAUUAACAUUAUUAUUGCUAUUACUGUAUUGCUGCUCAUUCUCCCACGUAUAGCAGGGAUGGGGAACUUUUUAGCUCACCAUAGCGAUUUUGGGUGGCAACUCCUUUGAAGUGUGUUUCAAAGUGGUUUAUUUUUAACGUAAUUCAGAAGAAGAAGAAGAGUUUGGAUUUGAUAUCCCGCCUUUCACUCCCUUUAAGGAGUCUCAAAGCAGCUAACAUUCUCCUUUCCCUUCCUCCUCCACAACAAACACUCUGUGAGGUGAGUGGGGCUGAGAGACUUCAGAGAAGUGUGACUAGCUCAAGGUCACCCAGCAGCUGCAUGUGGAGGAGCGGAGACGCGAACCCGGUUCACCAGAUUACGAGACUACAGCUCUUAACCACUACACCACACUGGCUCUCGUGUGCAGGCUGUGCUUUUGCCUUCCUCUCGCCCGAUAUCUCAUGUGACUUUAGGGGUGUAGCGGGUGGGCAUGGUUUGAGGGAGAUGGUCUCACAAACAUAAUUAGGACCUCUGCAGGAUUAGGCCCAUGAGCCGGAGGUUCCUCACCCUUUCUAUUUCUUGUUGCGGGGAUUUGUAGCAAUGUCCAUUACUCCUAGUAGAAGUUUCUUUGGUAAAACAUAUCCUUAAUUACAGAAUAGAGUGGUUGUUUUGCUGUUUUCUUUUAAUUAUUUAGUUGUUUUUAUCCUGCAUUUUAUUCUGUGAACCGCCCUGAGAUCUCUUGCUGAAGGGCAGUAUAUAAAUCUAAUAAUAAUAAUAAUAAAUAUAAUAUAGAGCAAUGAAUGCUGAUGUAGUUCAUGCGACUUUGGGUUGUAUCCGAUGCUCUUGGAAUGUGUGAUUUCCGCUUCCUCUCCUCCUCCCACACUUUGCCUAAAUCUGGUCCUCCAACCAUCUGAAUCACAGAACAGGGGGCACAGCAGAUGGCAGGAGAGGAAGGGGAAGUUCCAUUGUGCACAAGGAAGUCUCUAGCGCACAUGGCACUGACGCACUGGAUGCAACCCUUUGAACUGGAUAUUAUUAUUUGUGUGUGUGUGUGUGUGUGUGUGUGUAUGCACAGUUCUGCACCUUGAUCUGCAGUAAAUUGGCCCCAUGUACAUGCAAAAAGUGUACCAUUUGUAUACUUUUACAGUUCAAACUAGGAGUCUCUAAAAAUUUCCCCUGAUUUUGUAUCAAUUCCUUUAUAUUCAGUUUUCCACUCAUUUAUAAUUCUAUUUCAUAUCAUUUGCAUAUAUUUUUUAAAAAUAUGUUAAGCUUUGUAUAUCAGUAAAUGCAGAAAUUCCAUUUUGGUUUACAUUCAGAAGUCUAGUUCUUUUUCUUUCUUUCUUGGUGUGCAGAAGCUUUAGUAGGUGUUCCACUGGGUUGCUACUGAGCCAGUUUGAACCUUGACUGGGAUCCAAUGAGCGUUAGUGCAUUUGCCAAGAUUUGAAUGCCGUAUGCUGAUGUUAAUUGCAUCGCCAGUUUGACAGUGGUCCCCCAUUUAUUUCCAGGUCCAGCAUCAUUCAAACGGCAUGUUUCUGUUGCUCUUGCAAAGCUGCUAAAUUUUUCACUGAAAGUAGUGGGGAAACCUCCAGAUGUAGGAGGUCUCUGAGCCCAUUGGGUUUGCAUUGUAGCAUUUUAUUCAGAGCCGCUGCCGCUUCUGAGGAUUGUAAGCUAGGUUGAAAUUGUUGUAGGUUUCUUUAGAGCACGUCUUUCACCUCCUGUGCAACGGGUUUGAGGACGAGGCUUAUCAGAACCUGGUCCUGGCAGAAAGCUGGAAGUACGGAGAACAAACAGUCAUUCAGAACAAAGAACUGAAACUCAUUCAAGGUUACAGGGGGCUGCUGGACUAUUCUAAGUGGUUGAAAAAGAAGGCGGACAUGUUGGGGCUUGGUGAGUAUGCGCCUUAGGGAAAAUCGGUGCAGGACAUAGAUGGCCAUGAUUAUUAUGCUCAGCUCUUGAAAUUGGAAGCAUAGAAUGAGACUCUAAUGCUGGACUUUGAAUAUGCACCUAAGUCCUAAAGGUAAAGGGACCCCUGACCAUUAGGUCCAGUUGUGACCGACUCUGGGGUUGCGGCGCUUUAUUGGCCCAGGGAGCCGGGGUACAGCUUCCAGGUCAUGUGGCCAGCAUGACUAAGCCGCUUCUGGCGAACCAGAGCAGCGCACAGAAACGCCGUUUACCUUCCCGCCGGAGUGGUACCUAUUGAUCUACUUGCACUUUGACGUGCUUUCAAACUGCUAGGUUGGCAGGAGCUGGGACCGGGCAACGGGAGCUCACCCUGUUGCGGGGAUUUGAACUGCCAAUCUUCUGAUUGGCAAGUCCUAGGCUCUGUGGUUUAACCCACAGUGCCACCCGCAUCCCUAAGUCCUAAUUAUGUUUUUAUUGUCUGUCUGUUUUGUAUCCCACCCAUGGCAAGGAUGAAUGAAUAAAGGAAUAGUCAGUAUGAAACAAUAAUUAAGAACAACACACAAAAUAACACUGUACAGUGCAGCAGCCAGUGGUAUUUGGACUACUAAACUGUCCUGAGGUCACAGUUAAAUCAGAAGUCAUGUGUGUUUAGGAUUUCAGCAUUAAGCAAUUGUUAGGGAGUAAGUCCAGUGAACUCGACGGAACUUAUGAACAAACAUGCUUAGGAUUGCUUUGUUAAGUCUGCCUGCCUCAUCAGGUGAAGGUUAGUUUUUUUGAACAGGUUGUUGAGAGUUUUUUGCUCUUAUCAUCAUUGCAUCUGUACCACAGGAACUCAAACUGAGUGGCCUCGGUAAAGCAGACUUGACUGAUGCUUUUGUUUCAGUCUUCUUUGCCAUUAAGUUUAAUCAGAUUCAUUGGCUUGCAGUAAACAUAAAGCUUAAUCAUCAUUUGUUGCCUGAACAGGUGGGUGGGGUUGCUCACCUGCCAAUGUGGCCUCUGCUUGAAAGAGGUUCCCUGCUUAAUAGUCCUCUGUUUGACUCUUUUGGGACCAGAAAGAUACGUUGUGAAUUUCGUUGGUUCUUCUCUUUCAGAAAGCUUUUUAUUUUUAUUUUUAGGGUGCUUGGAAAGUGAGAUUAGUGUCAUGAUUUACCUGAGUUGCAGAUCACCGUGCUUAAUAUAAGAGGUUAUAUCAUGCCUUGUCUUUCGCAGAUGAGGACAGCUACGCAGUGUCUUCUAUUCAGCAGGAAAUGCGCAUCUUGUACCGGCAGGCUAAAGUCAGCCUCAAGGAGAUCAUUAAAAUUCCUGGAGUUUGGGAUCCUUUUGUGACGUGUUAUGUGGAUGUAAGAGCAUGAUUCACAACCAUCUUACUCCCCCCCCCCCCCAAAUCUUGAUCUAAGUAAUUGCUGGCUGUUCCAAGUUUUUGUAGCUCGGGGAAUACUCGAAAAACGUCUUUCAUAGCAAUUAGUAAAAUAAGACUCUGAAAAAGUGUCUAGAAAGCAUUGGGGAGUCUUGGGAAUUUUCUGUCAUAACAUAUGGUGAUGUUCAUUGGCUUAAAAAAAUGUGGCUUUUAAAAAAUACUAGAUAGUUUGCCAAUUCAAAUGUAAUGGCUAACUGGAGUUUGCUUGGAUCAGGAAGCGAGGUAAUUGUAGGAGGAGAAAGCCUGUCAGCCCCAAGUUUUGAACCCAAUGACCGAACCAUGGUUUGGCAAUUUGAUGCAAAUUAUUCUCUCCCUCUCCCUCUCCCUCUCCUCUCUCUGUGUGCACCAAACCAAUCACAUUUAGUGAUUUGUAUAUAUUAUCCAGCCAUAAGUUCUCACCUGGAUUUUGCUUUUUAUUCUAAAGCUCUUAUUUCUGAUCCAUUAAACUGGAUUAUUGCAGUGUAUUCUAUGUGGGGCUUCCCUUGUGCUUGACCCAGAAGCUGCAGAACGCUGCAGCCCAGUUGCUGAUAGGAGUGAGACCUUGCCUGCAUAUAACGCCUCUGCUCAGAGGUCUGCACCCAGCUGCCAGGCCAAGUUCAAGAGGUUACAAUUAGUAUAUGAAGCCCUUAACAGCUUGGGACCAGUUUAUUUGCAGGAUCACCCUACCCCUAUAACAGAUGUACCUUGGAAGUCGAACGGAAUCCGUUCCAGAAUCCGUUCGACUUCCAAAACAUUUGACUUCCAAGGUGUGGCUUCCAAUUGGCUGCAGGAAGUUCCUGCAGCCAAUCGGAAGCCUCGGAAGUCCUGUUGGACGUUCGGCUGCCAAAAGAACGUUCUAAAACUGGAACAAUAACUUCCGGUUUUUGAUCAUUUGGGAGCCAAAACAUUCGGCAACUAAGUAUACCCACUGUAUACCCACUUAGCCUCUUCAGUCUGUGGAACUGGUACUGUUACAGUUGCCACAAAAUACUCAUUCCACACUUGUAAGAAAUGGAUAGUUCCGUGUGGAACUUUGGAACUCCUUGUGUAUUGACAUCAGGCAGGCACCUUCAUUGUAAUCUUUCUAGUGUCAGCUUAAAACAUUUUUGUUUAGGUAAGACUAUCCAGACACGUUAAAGUUAAACAUGCUUUAUUUCUUUUUAGCCGCUUGCUGUUGAUUUUAAAUCCUUUGAAUAUUUUUAAAUACCUCAUUUUAACUGUUUUUUUAUCAAUAAUUUAAAUGGGUUGUUUUUUUUGGUAAACUGCUUAGAGGUGUUUUUUGGUUUUUUGACAAUCAAAUGGUAUACAAAUUUUGUUUGAAAAAAAAUCAUUUCAGUCACCUGAUCAUUGACUAUAUUGUGUUCACGUGAGAAGAUUUUUCUUUCAAAUUUUUUUUCUUUGUUGCAAAACACUUUUGGGGGUACCUCAAGGUGAAAAUGUGGUCCCUAACUUUAAUAAUCAGCUGUACAUUUGUGUUUUUCCUCAGAUGCUGGAGCAUUAUGAGGAGUAUGAAGAAGCAAGAGAAGUGUUGAGCGAAUAUGCAUAUAAUUCCAAAUUUCCUCCAAACCCUAAUGCACAUGUCUUCCUAUAUCAGUUCCUAAAGAGAAGGGGUGAAUCGAGGAAAACUCAGAUGUCUGCACUCCAGGUAUUAUAUUCAGGCCUUAUUUAAUGGUCACCAUUUAAUUGUGUAGCAGUUAGACUGUCGGACUAGGAGUUGAGAGACCAGAGUUCAAUUUCCUGCUCAGCCAUGAAGCUCACUGAGUGACCUUUAGCCAGUCACUGUCUCUCAAUCCAGCCCUCCUCACAGGGAUUGUUGUGAGGAGAAAUUGUAGAGGUGGAAAACCCUGUACGCCGCCUUGAGCUCUUGGAGGAAAAGUGAGAUAUAAAAGUGAUAAAAUUUUAAAAUGUCACAGUAAUCCAUUAACUGUGGUUCACUAUGACAUGAGGUUGAGGUACACUAUGUCCGGAAAGCCUAUGAACAAUGUUGUUGUUGUUAAUUAUUAUUAUUUUCAUUAUUUAUUAUACACACAUACAUGGAGAUUUGUUUUCCUGUAAGCACGCUGUAAAUUCAAUUUUCACACCCCCUCAGACUUGAUGUUGCAGAAUUGCAGAAGAAAUUAUUUGUCCCUGUGUAUACUUAAGCUAUAAAGUGAAAUUAUUGGACCAAUCCAGUCCCCUGCUAUAGUGAACUUCGACACAAGCCUCUGCUCAUAAUUUGUCCAUUGAAACUGGUGGGAUAGGGAAGUGCAUAACUUUGUCUCAAGAUGGAUGUUUAGUGUCUUGUCUGUUUCUUUUUAGAUCUUGCACGAGCUUGUCCCUUCUCACGAACUGAUGCUGGAAUAUUACGCCAUGCUGAAAAAGUCAAGUAAGGCGUUUUAAUUAUUGUGCUUGAAGAUACACAGAAUUAGGAUCAGGUUGCCUCCCUGCCCUCCCCCCUUAACACGAUUCGCUCUUAAUUUCAGAAAAAAGGAAAAACCAGAAGCUACGGCUGGAAGUUAUUUUUGCAGCUUUGGACUCUGCUGGGUGGAAGGAGAAUGUCAAAGCCUGGAGCUGCUUGGCGAAGGAGAUUGUAGAAAUAUUGCAGAAGUGGGUGAAUGGUGAAAUCAGCUGCCCCAUGUGAUGUAUCUCUUGCUUGACUGCACCUCUGCAGAUGGUGCACUGAGGAUAUUUGACUGCCCCCUCAUUCAAAAACAUCUCAACAUAUUUGAAAAUAUGUCAGGGGAAGGUUUUAGACACUUUUACCUGUAUUCAAAACUGCACCAGUUUUCCAAUGGAAUAAUUGGUUAAUUUUUAAAGCUGUUUUCAUUUCAUAAUACCUUUUAGUUCAUUUAGUUCAUUCAUCUUGGCGGAUUUCUGGAUGAAACAUCAGUUUUGAAUCCAUUCCAGUCCGGUUUUCUCUCUGGUCAUGGGACUGAGAUGGUUUGGGCUGCCAUCAGUAUGCUGAUGACACCCAGCUUUAUCUGUUGAUGGAAGGCCACCCUGACUCGGCCCCAGACACACUGUUCAGAUGUCUGGAAGCCGUGGCUGGAUGGCUAUGUGGGAGCCAGUUAAAAUUAAGUCCUUCAAAGACAGAGGCCCUUUGGCUCGGUCAAGACGAUAUGGGGUUGGGGGGCCAACUCCCAUCCCUUGCGGUGGUGCAACUGGUGGCAGCGCCUUCCGUCAAGCGUUUGGGUGUAAUCUUUGAAGCCUCCCUUUCUAUGGAGGCGCAGGUUAAAGCUACAACAAAGGCGGCAUUUUUUCAUCUUCGCUGAGCUAAGCAGUUGGCCCCUUAUCUCUCUCGUCCUGACCUCACCACUGUGAUCCAUGUGAUGGUAACCACCAGGCUUGAUUAUUGUAACUCACUCUACAUGGGGCUGCCCUUGGAACUGACCCAGAAACUCCAGCGGAUACAGAAUGCCGCAGCGAGACUCCUUAUGGGGUCCUCACUGCGGGAUUGCAUUCAUCCAGUGCUAUACCAGCUGCACUGGCUCCAGGUGGAGUACAGGAUCAGGUUUAAGGUGCUGGUUUUAACCUUUAAAGCCCUAUAGGGUCUAGGACCCUCGUACCUACGGGAUCGCCUCUCCUGGUAUGCCCCACGGAGGACCUUACGGUGUACAAAUAACAAAAACCUGAAUAUCCUGAGCCCCAGGGAGAUUAGACUGGCCUCGACCAGAGCCAGGGCCUUUUCGGCUGUGGCCCCGGCCUGGUGGAACGCUCUCUCACAAGAGACUAGGGCCCUGCAAGAUUUGACAUAUUUUCGCAGGGCUUGCAAGACAGAACUGUUCCGCCAGGCCUUUGGCCAGGGUUCAGUCUGACUCAUUUUCUCUUUGUAUGAACAAGUACGAAGGAGGUUUCCCAACCCACUCAUAGGUCCUUAUAAUAUCAGUGGAAAUAAUUGGUCCUGGUGAGUAUUAACCACUUUCAAUUUUAACUUGAAGAUGGCCAUUUGUCCAGUCUAAUUUUAAUUUAUUUGAAUUAAUUUUGGGAUGCAUUUUAAUUGUUCGUUUGUUUAUUUUUAUGUAUAUUGUGUUUUAUAUGAUGUUAGCCACUCUGAGCCCAGCUCCGGCAGGGGAGGGCGGAAUACAAAUAAUAAUAAUAGUAAUAAUAGUAAUAAUAAUAAUAAUAAUGAUUUAUUAUACAGCCCUGCAUUCAUGAAAGAUGCUAGCCUACAAAAUGUAGCCUAUCUUUUUUUUUUACUCCAUGCGGCACCAAUUUAUAUCAAAAAUGUGCAGAGCAGGUUGCAUGUUUUUCUUCUUGAAUUUAGGACAUUAACUGGAAACUGAACAUGUUUUCACUGCAAGGGCUCAGCCAAAAACAAGAGGUUGCAUUUUAAUAUUAGUAAUGCACCCUUUUAAAUUACUGAGUUAAAUAACCAUAAGUAAUCUUCCAUGCCCCUGAAAUAGGGGUAGCCAAUGUGACAGACUAUAGUAGUCAGAGACAGUGGGAGCAGCCGUCCACAACAUCUGGAGAGUACUACAGUGGUGCCCCGCAAGACGAAUGCCUCGCAAAACGAAAAACGCGCAAGACGAAAGGGUUUUUCGGUUUUUGCGUCGCUUCGCAAGACGAUUUUCCCUAUGGGCUUGCUUCGCAAGACGAAGGGCUUGAUCCGUGCCGCGCGCAAACCGCUUUCACCGCCAAUCUAUCUAUGCGGCAGCGGGGAAUCUAAUAGUAAUAGCAAUCGAUACAUUAUUAGCGUCCGGGAACACAGCCGGUGGUGAUGCUGCCCCGCGCCGCUUCGAAAAGUUCCUAGGCUUCAGCCUUAGAACUGGGAGGGGACCUGGCGGCGACACCCGGCUCGGGGUGGGAUUUCCCCGUCUGCGCUCUUAGCGCGCGCGGCGACCGCUAGAUCCCGAGGACGGCAGACUGGGCGGGGGGGCAUGAAAAGUUUUGCCUGCCCAUCUCCGAGGAAGCGGGGGGGAGAUGAUCCCUGUCAAGGGAAGAAGGGGGCACCCAUUUGCCAGCAGCCGGUGCCCCCGAACCGAGGCUGAGGGUGGCGCCAUCGCCUGUCAAAGUGACCGCAAAGGCGAGCUCCGGUCGCGCGGCCGAGGGAAGCCCCGCUGUGGGUCGUCCAAAGUCAGCCCGAGCACGCCACUCACCUAAAAGGCAUGGAGAGACGGAGGGAGCGCGCGAGGAUCCCGGUGCAGAGGAGGCUCCUGCAGCAAAAUAAAGGCAGUCGGCAGCCGGAGGGCUCCAGGACCCGGAGCUGCGGCGGGGCCGUCGAUGGCGUUGCCGGAGACUCCUCCCUCUGGGCCUCGCUCUCUCCGCCUUCGCCGCCGCUUGCCCUGCCUGCGAUCGGCCGGGCUCAUUGCUCCGCUCUGCAGAGCGCUGCGCAAAGGCGCGGCGGGACAGGUGUCCGGGGACGCUUUGGCUGAGCGCGCCCCGGGAUUGGAGGUGCAGGGUGCUUGCUGCAGAUCUUAUCUUCCGGGGUCGCUGGGAUGGCGGCGGUCGGGGCUUGUGUUAUGUAAGCGCGUCAGGAGGGACUGCUUAAGAGGCCGGACGAGGCUUAUGCAAUGGCCAGAUGCUCCCUAGGGGUCGAGGCUUGCAGUUGCGGGAACGAGUUUAUACCUGUAGCCGCUAAGCCGCUAAUAGCCGUGCUUCGCAAGACGAAAAAACCACAAGACGAAGAGACUCGCGGAACGGAUUAAUUUCGUCUUGCGAGGCACCACUGUACGUUGGCUACUUAUAGCCUAAAACUCCAAACGAAAAAGGGAAGUUUGGACCAUGAUGAGAUUGCCUGUGCACAGAGCUUGGUAGACAAGCAUAAGUAAUACACACAUCUUAGCCUAGCUUAGUUGUGUUCUGGUGUAAUACAGAAAUCUAUCAGCAUUCAGCAUGGCUCUAACUGAGUUACACCCUCUUCUCUCUCCCUCUCUCCCCCUCCCUCUCCCCACCCCCAGCUCUGACAGACAGCUUCACUGGCUCAAAAACAAGUGGGCAUCUCGAAAGGACUGGUGGCCAGCCUUGCAUUUCAGCCUUUAUUUGGCAAAAAGAAACUGGCAGGAAGAUGAAUGUCUCGCUUGUGAAAAAGUACUGGUGGCUGGAAUGCUGAUGGGAAAAGGUAACUGCCUCCCCCCCAAUAUAGGUUCUGUCUCUUGUAUACAUGCAAUAAUUAGAAUCCUGGCAAAGCGUAUAUUGCAUAAAGCUUUAUCUUGCCCUUUCUCUCAACUGCAACCACCUUUAUCCUUGCACCAGCCCUGUGAGAUGGGUCAGACUGAGAAAUAUGGCUGGCCCAAGGUUGCCCACUGAGCUUCAUGGCCAAGGGAGGAUUCGAACUCUGGUCUCCCAGCUUCUAGUCUAACACUAAAUCUAUUGCUCCACACUGCCAUUUGGUGCAUAGAACUGUAUCAAGUAACAUAAGCAAAAGUGAUUGGUUUUUGCACCAAGGCAGUUAGCAUCUAAAGUUCACCAGAGCGGCAAGCGGAAACGACAAAAGGAAGAGGCAACUGUUGCUCUUAGGCUUUCUUUCAGCUUGGGCUGUGGAGUUAAGCCAAAAGCUUGAAAGAAGAGAUCAGUUUUGAGGAGCGAUGCGAAGAAAGAAAGAGAGGUGGAACUCUGUAGAUGCCCUGAGAGAGCAUUCCACCUUUAGCCCAGUUGAAGCAUCAGUUAUUACAAUGGGAUUUCCUUCCUCCCUUUUGUAGGAAGGAAAUUUGAGGUGCUGAGAGACCAUACAAAAUGUGGGAAGUUAAUGAACCUCAUAUUACUUCUUACGUGUGUUAUUUUCAUGGCCUUCAAUGGAGAGGAGAGGCAGUUCUAGCUGCUGAUGGGAAUAAUAAUAAUAAUAAUAAUUAAUUUAUUAUUUAUGCCCCACCCAUCUGGCUGGGCUUCCCCAGCCACUCUGGGUGGCUUUCAACAAAAUAUUAAAAUACAGUAAUGCAUCAAACGUUAAAAGCUUCCCUAAACAGGGCUGCCUUCCGAUGUCUUCUAAAAGUCUGGUAGUUGUUGUUCUCUUUCACAUCUGGUGGGAGGGCGUUCCACAGGGCGGAAUACCAUGCAUACUGCUGGUUACUCAUUACAGCAUUAGUUGAGUCCAAACAAAGCAAGAUGAUGCAUUUUCUUUUGCAUGUACAAAACCCAGCACCCAUCAGACCCCCUAAUGGAAACAUCUAACAUGAGAGAUGAGCACAUGGUCUGUAGAUUAAUAGUGCUGUUUGUCAGUAUCUUACACUCUAUACAGUACCUUCAAAGCUCUUGUAAUAAUGGUCUAGAUAAUUUUUUUAAGAAAAUGGUCAAACCUCAUCAGGCUUCUGCAUUGGGACCUUGUCAUUAAGCAAAGUGACUUCCAGAUGUAGGCUAACGUCGCUGGAUUAUUUGCUCCACAUUAUAACGAUACUGGAGAUAAUUUACCCAUAACUUUUCUAUACAUUGAGAUUUUGACACUUGUGGUGUACUGAGGUUUGAGGAUGCUCAGUGGGAUUUUUUUAUUCUUCCCCCUCUCUAUCCUUUCAGAAGCUCCAUGUCAUAAUCACAACAUGUUCUUAAGGGUCUGAUUGUGUCCAGUUAGUCUUAUCCCAUUCAUGCAUUCUAAUGCUAUUUUCACUUUUCUGUGUGUCUAGAUUGCAAAUAUUUUAGAUACGUCAUGCGACAAGGUUGUGAAGCCAAUAAGAAAAAGUUCAAACCGUUGAAAACAUUUGUGAAAAAACACAGCUGGGUCAGUUUGAAGAUCGUCUGAUAUUUGAUUGCUUUUAGAGGCAAAAUUCCUUUUCUUUUCUUUUUGGAACUAUAUCCCACCCCCCACCCCCCGAUUGUACAUGUUUUGGUCUGCAUACAGAUCUCCCCUGCAAUGAAAAAACCUUGUAGAUAAUUGACAACCAUUUUUUAAAAAUGAAGUUCCAGUUUUAUAAUAAAUGUUUCCAAAGGAAUUCUACUUUGAGUCAUUGCUAAAAUAAAACUUCACAGG